AAGCAUCUUGAAUUGAAAAGUAUGAUAUAUUUGACACUCAUACUGUCAAAAUAGUUUUAAUAGUGAUAAUUUAUGGUGAAAAUAUUUUUUUUUUAAAUUGUAAAUACAUAGAAGUAAAAUUAAAACAAAAAUCUGUCCCUGAAAACCUGUCCAGUAAAUAAAGAAACCUCUAAGUACCAGGUUGUUGAGCUUUUUUGUUAAAUAUAAAUUCAUAAAAACAUUGGAAAAUCAAAUUUGCUUUUUUGCAUAACAUCCAUAGAAUAAUUUAGAAUUUAUUUUAAGGAUUUUUUUUGCCAAAAAUAACCCAUAGUUAUUUAAUCCUAAUCCAUACUGCUUCAUAAUUGAAGAAAUAUAAAUUUACUCUCUGGUAAUUGUGAUACUCAUAAUGAACCCACACAAUCACAGCCGAGCAGAGCAGACAGCGCUCAUGCCCACACAACCUCACAUCGCACAUCGUCUUCACAGAGCAUUCACUAUAAAAAAAAUCAAAGUAAUCUCCUCCUAAAUGUCACAGGAGACUUUCUUGGCAAUUGUUGUUCUGCUGUGAGGAUAUUUCACUGUGGCCUUCAGGCUGAUGUGCCUGCACACACACCUCCAAGUCUGAUUAACUUUCCAUUCCAUUGAGGUUGAGAAGUUAGACAAGGUUAGCCUCUAAUUCACUGUUGGUGGAUACAAGCCUGUACCUUGCUACCAGCUUGGAUAAAUUGCUCUUAGAGUGAUUGAAGAAAAAAAAAAGAUUGCUUUUAAAAAAUUAACCACCCUUGAUGGAUUGAUUGCGUCAUUAAAUCCUUUAGAUUCAAUUUUCCCACUCUGCUUCCAUUUAUUAUUGUUCCUGUUCCACAUUUCUGCUCUGCUAAUCAGCAUAAGCCUGUUUGAACCUUUGCUUUUUUUGGCUGGGUGCAGAUGUGUGAUUUGCAUGGUGUUGCAUUUUCAACCUUGGGCCUAUUUACUAUUUUCUAAAAAUAAAGAAUAUUUUUCGUAAUGACAGGUUUUGGAUUUCUUGCUGUGAAAAAAGCAACACUGCUCUCACAAAAAUGCAGUCCUAAUAAGCCAUACCAAGCACACAUCUGUUGCACUUGACUGAAUCACUGAAGCAGAAUCAUUCACAGCUCUCCUGUUCGCGUAUGAACCCAUGCGAGAGUGUUUUUAUGUGUAAAUUUGUUGUGUGUGCAGGAGUCAAAUCCUAUUUAUUCAUAAAAGCUCUUUUUAACAACAGGCAUGUCACAGAGAGCUUUGAUGAGAACAAAGGAGGCAAAUUCAGAUGAAGACUAGAGAGAAACAAAAGAGCAAGUAUAGUGUAGGUCUUUUGUGAGUGUGUGUUUGUGAGCUUGAUGGAAGUGAGGUUUAGUUUUGAGUCAGAGGCAGCAGCAAAAGCCGAAGUCUGAGAGUGUGUAGGAUGAACCUCCUACCAAGUCCCUCCCUGUCUCUCAUAAACCGUCUUUCCCCGUCAAUUUCUUCUUCUCUUCUGUCAAACCCAUAAUUAUAAAUUGAUUAAUGAUUAAUCCUUUAACCUGACCCAGUCAAUCCAUUGAUUUAACAGGUAAAACCUGUGGAAAGCAAGCCAUCAGACAGUACAAAGGCAGCAUAUAGCACCCACUAUAUAAUCUGUAUGUGCUGCAUCCAUGCCUGUUAGUGUGUAUAUUUGUGUACAUGCAUAUAUAUGUGUGUAUGCAUGUUUGUAUCACUCACAGUGAUUAAAGCAAGUGGGCGGCAGCAGCAACUGGUCUGCCUGUGUGGCUCUGCAUAGCAGACAUGUUUCUCACUGCUAGAUAUUACUCAUUUCCUCAGCCCUUUGCACACACAAGCACACACACACACUUGACACACACAAACGCUCACAUACACAACAGUCACAGAGACGGAUAGCUGUUCUUUCCCUCAGUUUGGUGGGCUCGCUGGUGUUAUUUCAUGCAUACACAGAUCAGAGGCAGCGUGUAGCUGGAGGCUGCUGCUCUCUGCGGGUGUUGUAGCUGGCAGUGGUGCUGCCGUGAAGGAGCAGUGUGGAGCUGAGGAGUGGGUUGACCCCGCUGGGAGGACUGGAAUAUGAAUGACUGCCAACACUGGGACGCCUGCUCAGCCCGCACUAAGGUGAGUGGUGCUUCAAUACAAAAGAAUCAACAGUGAAUUGACAGUGAUGCUGUGGAGCAGCCUUCCCCUCUGUCUGCGCCCCUCGUUUUCCCGUGAGGCCCAUGUGACCUAGCCAACACCCACGCACUGGGGGCCCCAACUGCCGCUGGAGCCUACCCAUGAAUCCCAGCCCCGAUCGCGGCCAAGAGUGCCUCCCCCCUAAGAAGAGGGAGUCUCGGCAAGGAUCGACUGAACACCACAUCCCCCUGGACGAGUUUAAACCCCCUGUGCCGUUCCGGAGUCGGUCCACCGGAGGGGGAGGGGACGGAGGCAGGGAGGCCAGCGACAGGGAGCGAGCUCUGGUUAACCCAAACCCCCAUCUCCUUCAUACUCCUCCACCGCUCCCUGCUCCAGCGCCAGGCCUCCCCUUGCCACUACCUUGGCACUUGAGCUAUUCCCCCUCUGUCUCUCUUCCCCUCUUUCCAGGGUCGGUUAGUGAGAGGAGGGGCUCGGGGUCUCCUGCCUGGAGAGAUGAUCCUCUCUCCUUACCCCUGCCCCACCACUCCAGGUGGCUCAGAGGAGAAGGGCCCCUCGCCUUGCCACCUUCCCCAUCCUCCUCCUCUGCCUCCUCCUUUAAGACUCCCUUUCCGGCAGAUUCCAGAGAGAUGUGGUCCUACAUCAACAGCGGCCGGCGUGAGAAUAGCUCAUCUCUCUUCUCCCCAUCGUACUUGUUUAGCCACCACUCGCUCUACACUCAAGAACCGAGCUUGGUCGAAGCCCGACAUCGGUACCUGGGCAAGAGGCCCAACGGCCUGGAUGGGCCGGGCAGCAGGACUGCUUCAACUUCCAGGCCUCUGCUCACAGGAGAAUACGGAAACGAUAGCAGCAGAAGCAGGCUGGACAUCAGUCCUCACAGCUCUCACACCAACGGAGGAAGGAGACAGCAGGAAGAUCUAACAUCCCGAGUCCAUUCUGGAGGGCCUUUUUUGUCAGAUUCUCAAUCUCAGGAGGGCUCUGAGCUACAUUCCUCACUGCAGGACAGACAUGGUAUAGUUAAGACCAGCUCAAAUCUACUCUCCACUAGUCCUCUUCCCCUUGGGCCAGUCCCUAGGCCCAGUAGAGGGGGGCUAUUGGAUCCCCUUGGGGCUACACCAGCUGAAGCCCAGAUCUACUACUCUCUGGGAUCAGUUUGCCACCCCGGCCCUCAGGCCCAGACUUUUCCACUCUACAGCCCCUCAGGAACGCCUCUUUACAACCUGCACAGGGAGCCAGGCCACAGGCAGCACAACCUUAGAAACUCACCACACUCCCCCGUCGGCCUGCCCAACAGCCACGACAGGUCUCAGAGAGAGCCAGACAGAGACAGAGACAGAGACAGAGACAAGGUCCCACAGAGGGACAGGGAACGAGGGAAAGACAAAGAAAAGCACCUUCAACUCGACCAAGAAAGAGACAGUGAGCGAGAGAGACGACGGGACAGAGAACGAGAUCGAGGGAGAGAGUCAUCUCCUUCCCAUGUUCGCACCUCACCCCCUGACCUUCACCCAUCUCCCCCCACGCUCCUACCUCACUUCACCAAGGGGUCUCUGAUUGAGUUAGCCAGCGGCAGGUUGAAGAGGGUGGAGGAGCUGCGGACAGAGGACUUCCUCAGGAGCGCGGACACUUCUCCGGAGUUUCACCUCAGCACCUGCACCGUGCUGCUGAUUUCUCCCAGCAGUGCUCAGGGCUUCAGCCACCUGCAUGUCCACCUUACAGACCUCAACACUCAGGAGUUACUGAAGGUCUUGGUGGAGUAUCCAUUCUUUGUGCAGGACCGGGGCUGGUCAUCUUGCUGUCCCCAGAGAACCUCACAGCUGUACGGCCUGCACUGCCGCCAGCUGGUUGAGGGGGAUGUCUGCCUGGCUCUCACCCCCACGCCCAACCAAACCCACCGGAAUCACCCGCGUACCAGCUCCAGGGCCCACCAUCGAGCGCACGUCCCCUCCAGGGCGACGGCGGAGUCGAGCAGCUCACACAGGGACGAGAUGCCCCCUCCACCUCCCCCUCCUCCUCUCCCUCAACACCCACCUCCGACGACCGUGCCAGCCCCUCCUCCUCGUGCUCAGGAUGCAGAGCCCCCUCUUCAGGAGCAGCCGCGUCAACGCAAGCGGCGAUGGUCUGCCCCGGACCUCCUCCCCUCAAGUGGAACUGAUGAAAGUCUCCUGGAUUUACCUCAUGGCUCAAAGCUGAUGAAGUGGCAGUAAAAAAAAACACACAAAAAAAAAAAACAUGGAAAUGCACAUGUAUACACGCAUACUUCUACACACAUAAGCACACACACACCCUCCUUGUCUCUGUUGCACCCACCAACACAAACAAUGGAGAGACCUCAAGGCAGGGUUGCAGGGAAGGAAUAAAAAAUAGAAAACACAAUUAACGGGUGUCCACACUGCUGCCCAAAAGAUUAACCUCGUCCGCCAUAUUCUGCCCUUCUUUCCUUUCGCUCCUUUCCUUUCUUCCUUCCCUUCUUCUCCUAGACUAUACUUAGCAAAGCCCUGAAAGGAGCAGCAGCUGAAGAAUCUCUGGAAAGCUCCUUACAGACACACUGAAGACAUUUAGUGAGACAAUCAAGCACUUGUCUGUGUUCACUCUGUUUUUGUAAUGGUUGUCCAGCACACCUACUUACUGACAGUGUUAUCUGCAGGGUAUCGAUUCUCAAUCAGUGUUAUGAAAGUAAGCCCUACUGAUGAAGUGCAGAUAUAUAUAUGAACAAAAAGUUGACUAUAUAUAUAUUACAUGACAAAUGUUAUAUACAGUAAAUAUGCUAAACAGAUUAAAUGCAAUCUCUGUCAGUUUUGCAAAUGCAUUUUGUUUUUUCUUAAUUUUCUUGCUUUUGAGCCGAUGGCUACCUGUCAGCCUCGGCAGGCAAGGUGAAUGUACGAGCAACUCUUCGCCUUUUUUUAAUCCUCAUCACUGGGAGUCAUUUCAAACAAUUGUUCGUCAAGGCAUUACCCUCCAAUAUGUUCUUAACAUCUGAGAAAGGGAGAACACUAAUGAAACUGCGUAACAGACAAUCCCGCCCACACAGACAGGUCUGUGCCACAUCACCUCGACACUCACGGUGUUUUUCCAUUAAAAAGUGAAUGAUGGAAAGAGUGAAAAAAAAACAUAAAAUAAAAAAAUACAAAGUACAGCAUGGCUUAAGAGUAAUGGUGCUAAUAACACGUUGGAACAUGAUGCUUUGUGAAUACUCUUGACCCCUGUGUACUGUACACUUCUGUUCCCAUCUCAUUUUUUUAUGUACUGUAUUUGUUUGAAGGCAGGGAAAACGAUGAAAGUAUUUUAAACUCAGAUACGGGUAUCUCCUCUGAUUCAGCACACUCUCUCACUUUAGUUUUUGUGUUUUUUUAUUUUGUUUUCAAAAAGAAAACCUUACCUGUUGAUUUUUUUUCUUUUUAAAUGUUAUA